AUGCUUGAGACAUUUUCUUGCCCAUUUGUUGUGGGCAAAGAAGAGGGAGAAAAUAUUGGAGUGUUGAAGAACUUGAAUAACCUUCGAGGAUCACUAUGCAUCUCUAACCUCGAAAACAUCCUGAAUUCAGAAGAGGCUAAAGAAACUGCACUCAAUAAUAAACAGUUUCUUCGGCAAUUGAAGUUGAAGUGGAGCGAGAAACCCAAGGCACAGUAUACGUUUGAACAUGAACAGGUUCUUCAAGCCCUUCAACCACAUAAUAAUCUAGAAACCUUGAAAAUCUUAAGUUAUGGUGGUGUUAGCUUUCCACAUGAGAUGGCCAAACAUUGUUUUGGAAAACUUAAGAAAGUUUCCUUGAGAAAUUGCAGAAGUUGCCCAUAUCUUCCUGCCCUUUGGCGUCUCCCAAUGCUUGAGACCCUUUGUAUAAGGGGAAUGGAUCAAAUGGUGAAGUUGGACAAUGACUCUUUUCUUGGAAGUGGAAGUGAAAGUGGGCUUUCAUAA